AAUACGACGUCGCUUCAUUUCAUCAACCUGUCUUCAUCCAUUUUCUCUUACCAAAAUGAAAUCAUGUACUUGAACAUUAGACUUUCUCUCUCCUUUCUCUCUCCUUUCUCUCUGCAACUCCAUGGAACCCAAAGCGUCAAACCUCUCUUCUUCGCUGACCCACAAAGACGCUGUCGUCCCAAAAUCAACAACAACAACGAAGAAGAACAGAGAUUUCUUGAACCACCUCGAAGCCUACCUCGCAAAGCGCGACGGCGUCGACAAGCUUCUCAAGAUCUCACGCUACGCCACCAAGAUCAUCCUCGCCUCCGCCGUCCUCCCGGAAACCCUAACCCUAACUCCCCGUCUCAAGAGCUUCGAGUCCAGCGUCGGCCUCAGUCGCAAAGCCUUCAGGCUCGGCAAGUUCGUCCAAGAUUUGAACGCUCUACGAAACACAUGCUUUAGCUCCAAAGAAGAAAUCAUUCUCUCCAUUAUCGCCUACGGAGGAGAGGGAUUUUACUACUUCGUUGAACAAUUCGUCUGGUUGGCCAAAUCGGGCUUGAUCGAUCCUAAACACUCGCGUAAUUUGCAGAAGAUCAGUGCUUGGGCUGAAUUUAUCGGUUAUAUAGGGAGUAUUGGUUUGAAAAUUAGGGAUUUGAGGAUGAUUUUGGAGGAGGAAGCUUGUUUGAAAUCGAGUAUCGAAAUUUCGACCACGAGAGGGGUUGGGUGUAGUGAGGAAGAGCGGAAGAUGGGGGACUUGAGGAAGAAGAAGUUGAUGAAGAAGCUAUCGAUUGUGCAGGAUGUGGCUGAUGGGUUGAUGGCGUUGGCCGACAUUCGAGACGGGAAGGGGCAGCUCUCGGGGCCUCUGUUGCUGUCAUGCGCGGGGCUUUUAUCGGCGGUCAUCAGUACUCACAAGAAUUGGUUGUCUUGCUGAUUUUGAUCGACGAGGUACUUCUCUGCUCGUUUGAAUUAUGAAUUAGGGUUUAUUUUAGAUUAUAGGAGAAGUUUUGAUUAUGCAAUUUUUAUGCUGAUUCCGGAAUCAAAUGGGAAGAAGGGAGAGCGUUGAAGCUCUCAUACUGUCAAUUAAGGGGUUGUAAAUUAUAGUGAUAUGUUCUUUGCUUCUUUCCUUGUGACAUUUCUCAUGAAUAAUUAAUAAAUAUGCCCCUUUCAUUUGAAGAAUUUAAAA